AUGGAAGAAAAUAUAAAAGACGAGGAAGAAGGAGACGAAGAACUUGGAGAAGCACCACUGGAUGGCUACCCGAUCGAUCUGGAAUUCCGUCAUGCCUCACAUCAACGAACUGAAUCUUUCCGUGCAUUUUUCCGGCGACAACUACGAAACGCUGUGCGUUUUUUCCUAGAAGAUUGGUUCUUAUCUGCUGUUCUUGGCAUCGUUACAGCCGCUCUUUCAAUUACAAUGGAUAUAAGUAUUGAAUAUAUGCAAGAAUACCGUGUGGUACUGUAUGAACAUGUCAUAAAAAAUUAUCAUUAUUACGCAGCGCUUAUCUCCUGGACAGCUUACAUCACUUUGCUGACAGGCGCAUCCGCUCUGUUCUGUCAGUGUUUUGCAAAGCAAGCUGUUGGAUCAGGUAUUCCGGAAUUAAAAGUUAUAAUGUGCGGCUUUAAAAUGAAAAAUUAUUUGUCGCUACAGACGAUGAUCGGAAAAAUCUUUGGUUUGACACUUGCGCUUGGUAGUGGACUUCCGGUCGGUAAAGAGGGACCAUUUGUACACAUAGGAGCGAUUGUGGCGUCACUUUUGACGCGCGUUACUUCCAUCUGUAGAUAUCAAGCAUUCUUCUCGAGUGAAGGCCGUGAAAUGCAAAUGCUUUCAUCGGGAUGUGCGGUUGGUAUCGCUUGCACAUUUUCAGCACCUGCCGGUGCGGUACUGUACGGUAUCGAAUCGACAUCAAGAUUUUUUGCUGUCCGAAAUUAUUGGCGAGCCUUUUUUGCAACGACAUGCAGCGCACUUAUUUUUCGUUUUGCUAAUGCUGCUGUUCUACCUCCAGAAAAUGCAGGUACUCUAACAGCAUAUUAUCAAACUUACUUCCCAAGUUCAGUAUUUGUUGUCGAAGAAUUGCCGGUAUUCGCUCUUAUUGGAGUAUUGUCGGGUUUGUUGGGUGCAUUGUUCGUAUUCAUACAUGGACGAAUUGCUAUAUUCAGGGAGAAUAAUCGCUUAUAUCUACGUAUUUUUGGGAAAAAUCCACUAUUUUUUACACUCUUCAUGGCUGCUGUCGUUGGUAUACUUACAUGUCCGGAUGGCACCGGAAGAUAUUUUGCUGGAAAAUUUACAUUUCGUAAAACAUUAGCAGAUUUCAUUGCAAAUUGCACAUUUACGUUAUCAAAUAUAACAGAAGAAGGUUGUUCCAAGGAACAAUUAGAGCAUUGGACUGGAAUAAAUCAUGAAUUUAAUAUUUUAAGCAAUUUGGCAAUUUAUUUUUGUAUUUAUUUUAUCCUCGUUGCAAUAUGCAUAUCGUUGGCGGUACCAGCCGGUAUCUUUGUACCUUCCUUCGUUAUUGGUGCAUGUGGUGGUCGUUUGGUUGGUGAAAUAAUGGCAUUGUUAUAUCCUCAAGGACUUCGAGGUUCUGAUGGUCCACAAAUUUUUCCCGGACUUUAUGCUGUUGUCGGAGCAGCAGCUUAUACAGGAUCGGUGACACAUUCACUUUCAAUUGCGGUUAUUGUAUGCGAAACGACAGGUCAACUUUCACCUUUACUACCAGUACUGAUUGCUUUAAUGAUUGGUAAUGCAAUAAGUAGUUUUCUACAACCAUCAAUUUAUGAGAGCAUAAUUAAAAUCAAAAAUUUGCCACACUUAGCUGACUUACCUCCUUCUCGGAUUAGCGUUCAUAAGCUAAAAGUUGAAAAUGUGAUGAUCCAUAAUGUGUUGUGUAUAACAAAAUCUACAACGUAUGGUGAACUCAGAGAACUUUUGUUAGCAACACCUCAUUUGCGAUCGUAUCCGCUUGUCACUGAUUCCAGAACGAAAAUUUUGCUUGGUUCAGUAGCACGGAAAUAUUUGAAUUAUUUAUUGUACGAAAAGCUAGGUCCAGACUCAAUGACUGAUCGAAAGCGGAUUAACACUACCUCUGAUUUAUUACUUCAUAUACGACGGAAUUCGCCACUAAGUACUAAUAACUUAUUAACAAACCGGAAUAUUAGUGGUAAUACGCUACUUGCUAAUAGUCCAUUGCAUGAGGAUCACGAUGGAGAGAGUCCAUUAGCACCAUUACUUCAACGUCAUGCAGAUAUUGAGCAUCAUGUAACAAAUUUGAAUGUGUGCCAGCGUGCAUACAUUUUACAACAUCCUAUCAAUUUGGAUGAAAUUGCCAUCGAUCCGGCACCAUUUCAACUUGUUCUCGGUACAUCACUCUAUCGAGUGCAUACAUUGUUUUCGUUACUCGGUCUUAAUCAUGCCUAUAUCACAAAUCGAGGAAAGCUUAUGGGUGUAAUUUCGAUUAAAGAGCUCCGUAAUGCUCUUGCAAAUAUAUAUAGUCGUGGCGCUAUUCCAACUUAUUCAGUACGUAAAAGUACCGUGACCAUGCCAAAUAGAUUGUUACUGGAUAAUGAAAUUGGACAACGGCUGGCAACAGUUGCUACCCAAACACUGUUGGAAGAUCAGGUUGUACACGGUGUAGAUUCCGAUGUUGAAACAUCGGAUAAUAAUGACAUUACUGACUGUAAAACUUCAUCGUAA